ACCAAGAAAUAUUAUCGAAUCAAAGACUGUAACUCAAUUCAAGAAUACUAUUUUGAGAAACAAUCUUUUUGAUGUAAUCUGAAAAAGUUUAUUUCAAACGAUUUCGUAAUUACAAUAGUAAGAAAACAGUAAACUGGUUAAUAAAAUUUGUACUUUCCAUAUACAAAAACCGUAGAAUGAAAAUUCAGCAGCAGAAGCUUAACAAACAAUAAGGAAGCCUCUAAGUUCUUGCUUGAUCUGCUAGAAAUGAAGCCAAAGCUCCCUUAGAUCACACCCUAUGGGCAUAUUAGAUAAUGUAGUUCUAUGGUUUGAAUGCUUUUCAUCAUUGGUCUGCUCGACCAGCUCUGACCUAGGACUGAAUAUAUUACAGUUACGAGCUGGAUGUUUUUAAAGCUGUUAUUCCAACAGUGAAGGUGUUUACGGCGUUGUCUUCAAGAACGAUAAUCAAAAGACGGAAGUCGUUCAUGUCGACGGAACUGAUCGGCGAGCUGAUGAUUUAGAUUUAUUGAUUAGACUCGCGUUUAUUUUAUUUUUUAUUUUUAUACAACAACAACAAUAUAUAUAUGUGUAUGUAUUCUUGUCUAGCCUUACAACAUGGCAGUUAUCAAGUAAAACUAACGUAACUAUUUAUCUCAUGUUACUCAGUUUUAAACCUACUGACGACGUCCGGUGCCACGUUCUCUGUACAACAUCAAAACACUUCAAAUCGGACAUGAAAAAAACAGAAUUAUAUGAUUAUUUGUCUUUUACAAACCUAUUGAAAUCAAAAAUAGUUCUUUAAAUUUCUUAAUAUGAUUCAUAUUCAUUAUACGCUAACCCUCUAGUUGUAGCCUGCUUUAUAAGCAGUUUCAAAUCGUCUCAAUGGCUACAGGAUCUCCUUUAAGCAAUUCCCAGCUUGUUUAUUAUUUUCGAGGCCUGCCUUAUUCUUCAAACUUAACUUCAAAUUUGGGAUCUCAAGUCCAGAAUUUGUUCCCAUUGUUGAGACCUAGCUCCCACAGCAGUUUAAGAAGCAGUGAACCUUUGGCAAGUUCAGUCAGAAAUAAUUCACUGAGCAAUAAUAACAGUUCCACUCCUCAUCUUUAUCCACAACAAUCCAUGGUUAUUAACAUGGACCCACUUGCUAACAGAGACACAGUUAACACAAACUUUGAUCUUAAUGGUAUAUCAACUAACAGUAAUAAUCCCACUGAAGGUGUUUCAAGUGGGAACAAUUUAAAUGGAUACCAGCAACAACAACAACAACAACAGCAACCACAGCAACAACAGCAGGAUUUACUUGGCCUCAGAAAUAUUUCACAUGGUCAACAUGGACAUGCUCAUCAUGAACAUAAUACUGACAAUAGAUCAGACUGGCGUAUUGUAUUCAAAUUGUUACAGAAAUCUGGAAUAUUUGCAGUUAUUCUUUUUAUAAAAGUUAUGUAUGAUCACAGACUUGGGCUGUUAAUAUUCUUUAGUCUCUUAGGAACAUUUUGCUAUGCAAAUCGAGGCUUUGAUAGGCAGACACAUCAACUUAUUGCUCGGCAAGGUGGUGCUCAGCAUAGAACUUUGCUAUCUAAACUCUGGUUGAUAUUAUUUCUUCUUGGUAAUAUUUUGUCUAUAUAUAUUGUAUUUGCUGAUCAGAAACUCUACCGGACAUUAUACCUCCAGCUUCCUGUUAUGGAAAAGUUAGAUAUAUGGUCACUUGCUUGGAUUAUAGGAAUCACAGAUUUUGUACUUAAAUUUAUUUGUAUUAUCUUAAAAUCUUUGGUUGCCAUGUGGCCACGAACAUAUAUACCUUACCGUCGAAGGGUAGGCAUUUCUCUUCUCUUUGUUUCCAUGGCACUUUUUAAAUAUUCUUUCUAGAUUGGCUAUAUAUUAAGCUAAUAUUAGAAAUUUUGUUGGUCUUCCUUUGUUAUUGUUAGUAUCAAUAUUGCUAUUUAUAGAGCUCCCCAUCUGAUCUUUAUACUUGCUACAAUGGUAUAAAAUCUAAAGCAAAUAGAUGAUCAGAUAAACUGCAUGCACUCACUCACUCAUGCAACAUUUUGACAAUAAAAUAAAGCACUCCAUUUGUGUCAGUUCAACACAUAAGAUCUACAAUAAUCCAAUAAUAAUACUUUGCCUAGGUUACCGGUCUAUCUCCACCAGUUUAAAGAAACUAUUAUACAGUUUGAUCUCAUAGUCAUUUCACAAAAGGAGCUGUAACCUGUUAGGAGAAUCACUGAUUAAAUAUCUGAUGCUGAACUCAGUUGAACCAAUGAGAGUGCCUUUACAUGGUCAAGUGACCUGCUAGCAGUGUCUCCUUAAAUCAUAUCCCGCUGUCUUAAUGAAGAAAGAAAAAAUUGGAUUAUGUAGUUCUAGUUACACAAAAAGACAAAAUGGUCACAAAUGGAAUGCUUUCAAUCACAAGUUUGCUUAGUGAGGACUGAUCUGAUGUUAAAAAACACACCCUACAUCUACUCAGGCUUUUUAUUUAUUCAGUAAAACAAGACUAUUAAAAUUAAAUUAGUAUUAGCUUGUGAAUAAUAUUUUUUUUUCUAGUGCCAUGUUAAAAGUACCCAGCACACUCUGUAAAGUGGUUGGCAUUAGGAAGGGCAUCCAGCCAUAGAAACCAAGUUAAAUCAGACUGGAACUUGAUGCAACCCUCUUGCUUGUCAUCUCUGGUCAAACCAUCCAAUCCAUGGAAAACAGACAUUAAAAGAUGAUGAUGAUGAAUCAGAUGUACUUAUCAAUGAAAUUGUUGUUUGUGUUGCUUAGCCCUAGAUCAACCUGGAUCUAACAAAUCUAUGGUCAAAGACAUUCUACACGUGUCCUUUUCUUAUUUCAGAUGGAUGUGAUUUGAGGGAGAUACGACUGCUAUUUCUAGCAGGUUUUGUGUCCAUGUAGGUUUCCUCAUUGGGUUGUUAGCCCUGCUGACUUCAGUAUAAAAUCAUUACAAAAUGUGAUUUGUGAUGUUCAAGCCUUUCUUAAGGGAACUAGUGAUACAAGGAAAAUGAAGCAACUGCUGCUCAGAACUGAAACUAGGCUAUUGUUGUUGUUGGUUGUGAGCUUUGCCUUCUGUAUGAUUCAACCAAAAAUGGCAUAUAAACCCCUCUGGGUUUUUACUGCAAACUUUUGAAACAUUUAAUUCCUUUAAGCCUUAUGUUGAAUUGAAAUGCACAUAAUAUGUAGUCCUUAAUCCUUUUAGUGAUUAGAAAUGUUGAUGAAAUGCAGUUAGUUCAGUAUAAAUCAUAAAUUUAUAACUAUUGCAUGAAUUUGGAUCAAAUUUGUUGAUACAGUAUAAUGAUCAUUGAUGUACAUAGUGAAUGUGGUUUUUACCUAUUGUUGUUGAUCUUUAUCUAUUGUCAUGUCACUUUCACCUGCCAAAGUAGGUUGAAUACUGUUAAUAAAUCAUUAAUCAUCAUCAUCAUCACUUAACGUCCACCUUCCAUGCUGGCAUGGAAUAGUAUCAAAUUCUAGCCUAUUGCUUGAGGUAUUGAUCACCAUUAGGCUGACAUCAAAAGAAGAAAAAAAUCUAGAGAAUUUGACUUGGUAUAUAGCUAGUUCUUUAUAAAAUGAGGUAAAACUUUGGUUCUCACACAGAAUGUUUAGUUCUAGUUUUUGACCAAACAAUACUAUCUGAACUACUGUUUCACACUGUUAUGGAUUUGGUAACAGGUGUAGAUACCUGCAGUGUA